CGCUCUCGUGUAAUUUAAAUCCGACAGGGAGCGGACAGCGCGGACCAAAUUCUCCCGGUUACAACUACAUAAGAGGAUUUUUCAAUGUUUGAAAAUUUAGGCUCAUAGUUUUUAAAGAUAAACUUACUGUCCGCUGCGAAUUGUACCCGAAAACGUGUGGAAUAUCUUUAGAUCGCGAACACGUUUUGACGAUCUACGGCAUUAUCCUGGAGCAACUGGAGUCUUUUAGUUCUUGACUAUCAUAUUUCAGUUCUGUCGAAUUCUUUCGUCAAGCUUGACCUGAUAUGGAGUCAAAGAGGAGCUAACGACAAGCGGAUUCACUGUACAAGUCGCUUCUACUGUCUCACUUAGAAUUGCCUCUGAUAAGAUCGUUUUUGACUGCUGUUCUGACACAAAGUCCACUGCGAUGGGGGAGCAGCCGAUCUUCACUACCAGAGCCCAUGUCUUCCAGAUCGACCCUACCACAAAGAAAAACUGGGUUCCAGCCAGCAAGCAAGCAGUCACUGUCUCCUACUUUUAUGACAGCACACGCAACAGCUACCGUAUCAUCAGUGUUGAUGGCUCCAAGGUCAUCAUUAAUAGCACCAUCACUCCCAACAUGACCUUCACUAAGACCUCACAGAAAUUCGGGCAGUGGGCUGACAGCCGUGCCAACACUGUCUUUGGACUGGGCUUUGCUUCUGAGCAACAGCUAGCAAAGUUUGCAGAAAAGUUCCAGGAGGUGAAGGAGGCAGCAAAGCUGGCCAGGGACAAAUCUCAGGAGAAGACUGAGACCUCCAGCAACUACUCACAGGAGUCUGGAAGAGAGACUCCAUCAACCAAUCAGGAGUCUGGGAGAGCAACUCCAUCAACCAAUAAGGCAUCCAGCAUGAACGGCACAGAUGACGAGAAAAUCUCGCAUGUCCCUGACAACACAGUGCUGAAAAGCGAGAAUGACCGACUCAAAACUGCCAUAGAGCAAAGUAACUCAAACGCUAAGAAGUGGGAGACGGAGCUUCAAGCCCUGCGGGAGAACAACGUCCGGCUGGGUGACACCCUGCAGGAAGCCAACAGCAGUGUGGAGAAGUGGAAAACACAGGCAGCGGUCUGCCAAGAGGAGAACACUACACUCAAGAAAAAGAUCUCGGAGCUGGAAGUACAAUGUAAGGAGAUGAACAAGGAGAAGGAAAGAAAUGCCCAACUGACAGUUAGAGUGCAGCAGCUUGAGACAGAAAUACAAGACAAGGAACAGGAACUAGAGAAUCUGAGAAAACAGGCAGAGAUCAUCCCACAGCUAAUGGCAGAAUGUGAGAGCGUCAGUGCCAAGCUACAGGCAGCAGAGCUGGCCAAUAAGGAGUCUCGGGGAAAGGUGGCAACGCUGCAGGGUGAGGUGGAGGACAGCCGGCAGAAGCACGGCCACAUGAAGACAGAGCUCAAGAAGUUCAUGGACGUUCUGGAUGGGAAGAUCGACGAACUGCACGAAGUCCGCCAGGGUCUCUCCAAACUGGGAAUCGAUAACUGAACACACUCACUCAAACAUGCACACAUUGCUCACACAAACAUACAGUCCCUCUCAAUCUCAACAGACACAUGUACAACAUACACAUGCGCACCCAGUCAAAUAGCUCAACUAUAGCUCAAAUGUUAGGGAGUGACAGCCAUAAAUCUAUAUAUAUAUAUAUAUAUAUAUAUAUAUAUACACACACACACACACACACUAACACACACACACUAACACACAGCUGAUGCACUCAGCUGAAUCUGUUAAAAAUGUGGUGAAUCAUUUGUCUGUGUGUGUGUGUGUGUGAGAGAGAGAAUAAGGGCUAGUGGUAUCUGGUUCAGUAACACAAAUACAGAGUGAACGAUUGGAUUGAGAACGCUUUUCUCACACACACACACUACAGUAAAUACACUACUAAAGCGGGGUCUGUGGUUUGUGAUCUCAGGGUGCUGGGAUGGUGUGUGGUGGUUUGAUAUGCAUAUUCAUGAACUGCAGUGUCACAAAGUGCCUGGGGGUGGCGCUCUGAUGAGGGGUCCCUCACUAACCUGUGUGUUUGCAUCAAGCUGCUGCACCUGGCAUUCCAGAGGCAGGUGGAGGCGGCAGCACGCCGAGGGAACACGGGUGAAGCCAGUGCAGGUGAAGCCAGUCUGGGCUUCAAGAGCUUACACUCAGACUGAAGUGCAAUACCCUUUCAGAGGUGGAGGGGCUUCUAACCAGGAGUAGGAGUGGGAAUAUUUAACAUACAAUUUUUAAGUUUGUAUUUGCAAAAAGGCUUUUCUUGGCAAUUCUGUUCGGUGGAAUUAAGAAAUCUGAAAAAACCCAAAUCUAUGCUACAAACUAUAUUUAUGAUUGCUGUGAUCAAAGAAUUGUGCAUGUACGAUGUACAUUUUGUCUGUUUUGCUGAACAAAGUUUGUCUUAACUUUUGUAAUUGUGAGCCAUGUGCUUCCCUCACGAGUAUUUGUGUAUGGUGGCGUUUUGGUUGGGUGUGUGGGUGUGUGUCUGUCUGUGUGUGGGUGCGUGCGUGCGUGUGUUUGUGUCAGUCAUUGCUGCUAUGUGGUAAGGGAAGUGUACUUUUUGUAGAAUAAUGUGGGCUUGGAGCUUUGAUAUGUGUGUGUGUGUGUGUGUGUGUUGGGGUGUGUUAAACACAAACAGUGAUGGCCUCUCAAAAUGGAUUAUCCUGUAUCUGCUUUUCAGCGCGCACACACGUGUACACAUGCACAGGGUCUUACUAUUAAUGUUCAGGACAUUGGACCGUUUUCUCUUCUUCCUGAAAUGACUGGUUUCCCCUUUUUGUUUUUCUUUUCUUUUCUUCUUCCCUUGAUCAACAUGAUGAUAAUUCAUAAUUGUGAUAAAUAUAGUUUAAAUACAAAAUCUU